UUUGCUUUCACUUUUCAUGCAACAAUUUGUUUCAUUAUCGCAACAUACCCUUUUUUCUAUAUCACAACCAUCGGCGGCGCACUCAACGUGCUAUGCUUCCAAAAGGCAUUUUGGCUGGCAUAGCUUUUUGCUUGUUUUUUUUAUCUCUUUUGUUCACUGCAACACUGCAUCCCAUCAUCUGGGUGUUUGGAGGCUUCAUACCUUACCUAAUGUGUGAGAUCAGUCGAGAGAGCGAGAGAGAGCUGGGUCUCCGACACGAAGACCAUGUAUUAAUCACAUGUACUGUAACACCUGGUGCAGCCGCGGGCGACCAUAUAUCCGGGGGACAAUGGAUCUACAAAUGGGAGUUGAAUGGAUGGGAAAGGGCCCUAAUGGGAAGGAGGGGAACAUUUCGGGCUGGCUCGGCUGGGAGGGGAAGGAAAAGGAAAGGGAAAGUCAACUAACAAAGGAAAAAGCAAUUCACAAAUGAGUAUCAAGAGUAACAUAUUACCAAGUCAAAACCGAUUGGCCAGUUCA